GAGAAACAAAGACUGGAAACAAUGAAUGAGCUCCACACAAUCGGACAGAAUGCAAAAAGGGCUUACAUAGAAAACCAAAGAGCCAGAUUCUCAUCAGAUAAUUCCCAGCACUCAACUUGCUCAACACCGAAGGCCUCUUCAGCUGGCAGAGAGGAUGGAAGCAACGUACUAAUGGACAGCUCAAUACCGAAGGCCUCUACCUUCGGUGGAGAGGAUGGGAGCAGCAUGCAAAUGGACAGGUCCCUUAAACGGAAAUCAGAGGAAGCGGCAAGUGAUUCAUCUCGAGCACCCUCAAGCAAGGGGAGGCAAAGAGCAGUCGGACUGGCCAACGCACUGUCAACAAAUAGUGACACGGGGGAUAGCAGGCACAGCAGAACAAGUAUGGAUGAGGACUCUGCCCAAGGAUCAGGGAAGGAUGUAGACUUGGAAGGAUCGCAUCACUCUCCCCAGCCAUCCACUUCCAGCAAGAAUCGGAGCUCAGAAGCAAGUCGGGAAAGGAAGAGGACCAGAUCGGAGAGCGGUGGGAACCAGAGAACAGAAGAGGAAGACGCAGAUGGGGAAGAUGAAGAGGAUACUAUGAAGGACACAGAGAACGAGAGCUCAGAAGAAGAGGAUGAGGAUAUGGAGAGUGAAGAGGACAAACAAGAAAUGGAAUCGCUUGAGUAUGUACAGCAGUAUGUACGCUCCUUAGAACCGGACAGAACAGUGGAGCUAGAGGUGAGGCUUGCACACCACAAACACCUCCGCAACCUUAGAACAACAACCAAAGUGGAAGACAACAUAAGCAUGGAGAACAGAUUCGAGAUCCUCAAGAAGGAAAGAGAGCUUAAUGAGUUUUACGCAGCACAAUACAGCAUGAAAACAAAAAUAGAGAAGAACAGAAUCACGGUGGACACAAACAGCUAUGAGCAAAGGUUCACCUGGCCCAAAUCGUAUGCUGAACCCGAAACAGAAAGGAGAUCGAAGAAAAAUAAGAAAGAAAAUAAACAGGGAUCCACAGGAGAACAUCUCCAGAAUACCUCCUUUCCAACGGCAGAGGAUGAGUCCGUGGAGGACCUGAGAAGACAUGCUGCAAUCCUGGAGGCCCAUGUAAAUGUACUAAGGGAUCAGAACAGGGAGCUGGACGAUCAAUGCAUAACCCUCAAAGACGUAGCAGGGGGGGGUUACAAGGAAAUAGAAGCUGCGGCCAAACUCUACGCACGUACCAGUCCGAGGCGAAGGACGAUAAUCCCGUACCGCUGGAACGACAACUUUGGAACCUGGGAAGUGGCCUAUCACAAAUCCAAUGAACUGAUCUCAGUACCAGAUCAGGAUUGCACACAGUACAUCUUACGUGAACUCAUAUCAGACGGCAUACCAACAGAUAUGAAGAUCCUGGGGUCCAAAAAAGAGGGUAUGGAAGAAUGGAGGGACCAGGAGAAUGAAAUGCAAGUGGUGGAUCUGCGUCCUUUAUUGGUGGAGUUGGAAGAGUCGGAUACACUCAAGGGAGAUCUGUGUUGGGUCCCAUGGCUAGCGGUGGAAGCCAUGCCGUACGGCUUGUUAGGGGGAGAAGUAAUAGCAGAAAGUGCUGCCCUCAGCAGCGCAAUGAUUACAGCGAAUGGCCUGUUCACGCUGUCCCCCAAGCUCCUCAGGCCGAAACUGCAGGGAGCUACCUCAAUUAGGAAGGACAUAGCAAACACUGGCUCCUAGAUAUCAUCUUUUCACACGGCUCAGGGGGAUAGAACUAAGCUGCAACGAUGGCGGAUCAGGGAGAAGAGGGAUUAGGACCCCGGAUUCGCAGAAAAUUUGGCCUUCGUAAGCCUGAGCCGGACCUUGCAAUCAUGUCAUGGAACAUUAAUGGUUUGUCUUCCAUACUUACCAAUCAAAGUAAAUGGGAUUACCUGAU